GUGUGUGUGUCUCCUCCCGCUCCUCCUGCCAUUCCCUAAUGGCAGCUCCUCCUAAACCAAAAAACACAAGUUUGUGUCGCUGUGCGUUGAGGAGAAAAGAAGGGAAGAAAGAGAGGGAAGGAGUUUGCAGUGAGGCUGGGAUUUGCAUGCAGCCCUUUGUGUCAGCAUGUGGAGACGAAUCUCCCUGGAUUCGUCGGUUCACAACAAACUCUGACACACAGCACAGCAUGUCGGACGGGGAGGAGCAGCUGGACCGCCUCCAGCAGGCGGAGCUCACCCGCACCACCUGCAUGUCCCACUGGAGGGCGGGGGCCGUCCAGGCCUGGAUGGAGGUGGUCAUGGGGAUGCCCAUGUACAUCCGAGCCUGCUCAGAAAAUGUCAAAAGUGGAAAGGUGCUGCUGAGUCUGACGGAUGAGGAUUUAGAGCUGGGUCUGGGUAUCGGUAAUCAAAUUCACCGCAGAAAAGUUAGGCUGGCCAUUGAGGACUACAGGAGAGCAGAGGGGGAGCAGGGACUGUCUAAAGCAUCUGAGCUGGACCAUCAUUGGGUCUCGACGUCGUGGCUGAGUGACGUCGGUCUGCCUCAGUACUCCCAAACCUUCCAGACCAACUUAGUGGACGGUCGGGUGCUGAACUCGCUCAGCCGCAGAGACCUGGAGAGAUUCCUGAACAUCUGUGACCAUUUCCACCAGACCAGUCUGCUUCUGGCUAUCCAGCUCCUGCAGAUGCUCAGCUUCGACAAAGAGGCCCUGCAAUUACGGCGCUUAAAAUGUGAGCAUGAAAACCGGGACCCGCUGGUCUGGACGUGUCACAGAGUGAUGAAGUGGAUCAAGGACAUAGACCUCAAGGAGUUUGCAGAAAACCUUCAGGGAAAAGGCAUUCACGGUGCAGUAAUGGCUCUGGACCAGUCCUUCGACACAGAGGCCUUGGCCAACGCUCUGGGAAUCCCCAGCAACAAACACAUGCUGCACAGACACCUGUAUGAAGAAAUGAAGUCACUCUCUGCUCCGCUCAGUAACACAGAGCAGGGCUCUGAGGUUAUCAGCUCUUCUUCACCUGUGGCUGUUAACCGCUUUGCUGAUGAAAGGUCCUCCAUCAGGAGAUUAGGAAAGAGUCCGCUGAGGCUACGCGCAGAAAGCCACUCCGUGGAGCGUGGCCUGGGUUUCCAUGGCAACUGCGGCUCUCUGCCCAGAGAGGCCAGAGUUCACGCCGUUCCCCGCGCCAAAGGAAGCCCCAUGCACACCUUCAAGAGCGUCGAAAUCACCAACGUGUGAAGGAGCCGUGGAGGCCUCCUCUGUUUGCACCGCCGUUGGUUGGAGCUCUUCUGAAGGUGUAGCCAACGUUAUUCUGUAGAUCAGAUCUGCUUCUGUAGGCGGGAAUAAUGCACCUCAACAGACCUGAUGUAGCUGUUGUACAUUGAUGAAUUGUCUAAAGUCAUUUUUGUUUUUUAAGUUAUAGUUUUUUGACUGAGGUUUAUAUGUAAUUAAUAAAAACAAGCAGAAAUCAUAAAAAAAUAACUCAAAACUGCACUCAGUGCCCCUGUGAUGCCUUAUGUAAAAAGUCUCAUGAUCUCAGUGCUUCUGUCUACUUCUUUAUGUGACCUGAGGUAUGUUGUUUGUUUACAUAAAACUUGUACAUGUUUUUACAUUCACAGAUUAGAACAAACAGGUUGAUUAUGCUGUUUAAAAGUCUGUUUAUUUCUCUUAUGGUGCCAUGUUUGCUAGAAAAAUUAAUUUGUGGAUUGAGCAGCGGAGUUGAGUAAGAAGGCCCCUGAAAACUCGCCAUAUCCUCCCUCACAAUGCCAAUCCUAUUUAUUAGAUAUGGUUAUUGACAUUUGGGAAAACCAAGAAACAUGCCAAAUUAAUAAUUUAUUCUUACACUGCAGUGAGAUGCCUUCCUGUUCUUCAACAAGGAUUUGUUUUGGGCAUGAACCCAAGUCAAACCCAAUUCAGUUCAGUUUAUUGACAGCAUGUAGCAGAAAGUCACAGGUCAGUUCAUUAUUCAUUUUAAAAGUUUCUGUCUAAGGAAACCAAGUUGAAUAUAUUGAGUCACUAACUUGCAACAUUUUCUCCUUUUAGACCAACAUGUAGCAACAGUCAUUCACAUUGUGUCGCAAUCGCUUAUACUGAGCAUGCAUGUGGCGACAGUAGAGAGAAAAAACUCCCCUUUAACAACCACGACUGACUGGCUUGUUUGAAAAUACAUAGCAUACGCACAAAGAGACAAGCACUGAUCAAGGAGUACUUUCUACAUCAGAAAAAAAGUUAAAGGAAGUAGUAGCUUUUUAGUGGCUUCAUCUCGGAGAGAAACAAGUCGAUUUUAUUUAAUUUGAAAGCAAAAGCUCACUCGGAGACAGAGUUAAACAGGCAGGUUUAUCAUCUGUAGACAAUGUUUUAGGUUUUGGCAGCAUUAUCUCAGCCAAAUAGAGCGCCAGACCAGGUGUAGCGUCUAUGAAAAGUGAAAAGCUGAGAGAAAACAUGAAGCUAAACGCUGAAUUAACAGCAAAUAAUGUAAAAUUGGAGAGUAGUAGGAGAAUGUAGCAGCUAGAAUGAUGAAAUAUGGUCAUUACUGUAUGUCUUCCAGCAGCCUAAACCUUUAGUAGCAUAGUUAGAGAGAUAGAUCGGGGAAACCUAAGUCGCUCUAAAUAUAAGCUUUAUCAAAAAGGAAUGUUUCAAUCCUGGAAAAUUAAGCCUUUAAGCAAACAAUCUGUCUACUUUUAAGUAGAUAUAAAGACUAAACAGGAGACUGAUAACUAAAAGAUCUGCCUCCCAUUUUACUUCACUGAAUAACCUCAAGUGCUCCAUGGGGUUGAAGUUUUAAAUGCCGGCUGUUUCCUCUCCCAAAUUUUGGAUGUAGAGUCCAAAAACCUGGCUCUGUUGGGGCGAGCAUCGACAUCUUUUAGGAUAGACUUCACUUCCUUGGAGAGCAGAUACAGCAGGCAAACCAGUGGAUUGCCGCUGGUUUCAGAUUGGAUCCAUUGAUGACAAACUUUGUGUUUAAUUGAGGGAGGUCGUCAUACUGCCUCUGAUUGAACCGUCAUACUGAGCUUUGCUGCGUAAACCCACAAAUGUAGAACAUGGAAUUAGGGGAAAAGUUUUAGCGUGUAAUAGGCUGUGUUCACACUGCAGCCUGAAGUGACCCAAUACCUGCAUCUGAUCUUUUCAUGACACUCUGAACAACACAAGACGGAUUUUUCUAAUGCGACCCAGGCCACCGAUCUUUUUAAAAGUGACCUGAAUCUGAACGUCAUUGAUACUCGACAAACGUCACUAUUCUGCGUCCUGAUACACGCAAGGAGGAAGAAAAAACAACAACCAUGGCUGACGGUAAUGAGGAUUAAGUUGUUAAUAUGCUGGCUCUGGUCGGAUAGCAACUUUAACAUCGUAAACUAUGCUGCACCGUUAGCAUCCAUGCUGUAAGCUAUGUGUGACGUUAUUGCGCCCUCUACUGCGCAUGCGGGUCACUUUCAGGUCGUUAGCAGUUCACACUGAGACGUACAAGUCGCAUAUAUUUUGAAGCGUGAACGACCACGGCAAAAAAUAAAAUAAAAAAUUGAAUUACUAUUUGACAAAAAAAAAUCGGAACACUUAAGGCUGCAGUGUGAACGUAAAAACCCAGAAUGCAUUGAUUUCAUUCAAAGCACAACAAAGGAGGUAUUUUCAACCUUUGAGUUGGAGGACAUGGCAAAUAAAAAAAAUAAAAAAAAGAGUAGGCGUGUGUUUACAAUCUGGCCAUUUGUUAAUCAUUUUCGUAGAUCUUCGCUCCAGACAGAGUAGUCACUAGUUUUAAAUAUUGGUGCUGCUCAGAGCAGUACUGUUGAUGAUUAGUAACCAUUAUGAUCCAGUAUUUCAUAAACCGUCAGUAUGUCUAGUGUGACAAAUAACUGAAGAGCUACAUAAACUGAUGUAUGUUUACAUAAGCAUUGACCGAAACUAGAAUGUAAACUGCACCCUGACGCCGUGGAUUAUGCUCUUUGUUAUUUAAUUAAUAGGUUUACCAAACUAGAAUAUUAAAGUUCACAUAGGUUUCAAAUUACCUUAAUUGUUGUUGUAAAUGCACAAAGGUUGUCAAAGCAACAAUCCCUCAUGCAUAAACAUCUUAUAUUUUUUUAUAAAAUUGGGUUAAAUCCAAAAAGCAAAAGUAGAUUUUGAAUUCCAAUUGUCUCUAACACCAUAGCACCGUAAUCAUUUAAUCAACAGCCACAUUUUAUCAUCUAGUUUCCUUAUUUUAUUUUGUUUUUUGCUUUGAUCUUUCAGACAUAAAAAAUAGCAGCAACCUCCCUCAUGAAUGGACUGAGAAUAAUUAAAAUCAAAGAGCUUUGGUGUGAUUAGCUGAAGCAUUUUUUACCACCUCAACUCAUUAUGUGCUUUAUAAGAACUCAGAUCAGAUGACGACUUAAACUUAACCAGAAUCAGAAGGUGUAAAUGUUCAAAACUAAAGGUUCUACAAUCAAACUUUAAAAAGCUAA